GCGCUUGUACGUCGCUUCGCUCGUUGAGAUUAGCAGACACGCAGCGGUAAAUUGUCUAAAUAUUUUGACUACUGCUGACUUCCUUAAAACUGCAGCCGGCUGCUUCACACGCGUCAGUUUGUCUUCACGCACGCUAAAAAGCAUUGAUUGCCAACGAAAUUCACUAAAGUUCUUCUUGUCAAUACAUGAAUACGUUUCUUGUAUUUUUUGAACUCUUUCGAAUGUCAAGUCGCGACAGUGACGAUAGCAGAGACGACUGCGAGUCUCUACGCCGUCCUAACUUAUCAAUAAAGAUGCAGCGCAGUUUGAAAAAAGUGAAAGAAAACAUUCAGAAAAUUAGCGAAAGCAUUCAGGAAGAUGACAAACAUUCGUUGUACGUUUUCCCUGAACAACUAUCCACUCUAAAUUGGCGCACUGGCUUCUCCAAGGACGAGAUACGCAGACUGUAUCGCGGCUUCAAGCAGCUAUGUCCUAGAGGAUGGGUAAUGAUGAGCGAUCUAAAGUCUGUAUAUGCUAAACUGUUUCCGUUAGGUGACUCGGCUAUGUACGUGCACAUUGUGUUCAACAGCUUCGAUAAAGACAACGACGGCAUCAUCAGCUUCAGCGAUCUUCUUGAAACCAUAGCGUUAAUCGUCAAUGGCAGUGUGGAUCAAAAGCUCUCUUGGAUAUUUAGAUUCUACGAUUUGAAUGGAGACGGUCAAAUCACGAGACGAGAGAUGUUGACUAUAAUAUCUGCGAUUUACGAAAUGCAAAAUGCACACAACAUGCAAUUUGCGAUUAACAGACAAGUAGAUAAAUUCUUUGAAAAAAUGGAUACAAAUAAAGACGGCGUAAUAACCAGAGAGGAGUUUAUAAGCGGUUGUAAAAAAGAUAAUAUUAUAUACAAACAGUUACUUUUGUUUAAUAAGACUUGGUUGAUGGGAUAAGGUCAAUUCUCAAGAGAUAAACAAGUAACUUUUUUCUUGCGCAAAAUUAUUAAAAUAUAUUAAAAAAACAUCUGUCAUC